AAAGCCUAGGAUCCCUGCCUGGGAAUACAGACUGUGACAAGAGUCUGAGAGUCUGUGAACUAGCCAUAGGAAGCUCUAGUCUAGGGGUAACCCAGGGGUAGGUUAGAAGACAAAGGUAGGAAAGAGCCUAGGGCAACAGCAGCUGGGUCUGAGAUUGGGUAGACUGUGGUUGCUAGACAUAGUGUUCCUGGGCCAGAACCCAGAGCAGUGGGCAGGCCUGGGUUCCCCUACCAAGCAGCCAUAGGAGAACAGGCACACUCAGGGCAGUGGAUCAGAAGACUGCCUGAGAGACUUUGUCCAGAGGGACUUUGAUACCUGGAAGGGGAAAACUAUAGGGACCUGGCAGGAAGAAUAAGCCAUGAAGAGGGAGUAACCUGAGCUGAGAGAGCGAGUCCACAGGAUGAGCAACCGAAGGAGCAGGGGCACCAGACUAGUCAAGAGCCGAUCCACAGCCUGCUGUGGAAGAUGCCAGCUUGGAUGAAGAAUUUAGAAGUGAGGAAGAAGGUAUAGUGAAGGAAAUCGACAUCAGUCAUCAUGUGAAGGAAGGCUUUGAAAAGGCGGAUCCUUCACAGUUUGAGUUGCUGAAAGUAUUAGGGCAAGGUUCCUACGGAAAGGCCUGAACCCUUGAUCAAUCACUCAAGAAACUGAUGGACUCCUGAAAUCAACUGAGUUGCACCAGCAUAAAAUGGAGAAACAGCGUCAAGAUGUCUAGAGUGGCUCACAACUGUAUUUCUGGUGAGGAAGAUCAAAGGAUCUGAUGCUGGCCAGCUUUAUGCCAUGAAGGUACUUAAGAAAGCAACUCUGAAAGUUCGGGAUCGGGUGCGAUCGAAAAUGGAGAGAGAUAUUUUGGCAGAAGUGAAUCAUCCUUUCAUAGUCAAGCUUCAUUAUGCAUUUCAAACAGAGGGAAAGUUGUAUCUAAUACUAGAUUUCCUGCGGGGAGGGGACCUUUUCACAAGACUCUCCAAAGAGGUAAUGUUUACAGAAGAGGAUGUCAAGUUCUACUUAGCUGAGCUGGCCUUGGCUUUAGACCACCUCCAUAGUCUUGGAAUUAUUUACAGGGAUCUAAAACCAGAAAACAUCCUCCUAGAUGAAGAGGGUCACAUUAAGAUUACAGAUUUUGGCCUGAGCAAGGAGGCCAUUGACCAUGAUAAGAGAGCGUAUUCAUUCUGUGGGACAAUAGAGUACAUGGCCCCAGAGGUGGUCAACCGGCGAGGACACACGCAGAGUGCAGACUGGUGGUCCUUUGGUGUGCUAAUGUUUGAGAUGCUGACAGGGUCAUUGCCAUUCCAGGGAAAAGACAGAAAGGAGACAAUGGCUCUCAUUCUCAAAGCCAAGCUAGGAAUGCCUCAGUUUUUGAGCAUAGAAGCCCAAAGUUUGCUGAGAGCCCUCUUCAAAAGGAACCCAUCCAACAGAUUAGGUGCUGGCCUCGAUGGAGUUGAAGAAAUUAAACGGCACCUGUUCUUUGUUACUAUAGACUGGAACAAACUAUAUAGGAAAGAAAUCAAGCCACCUUUUAAACCAGCAGUGGGACGGCCAGAGGACACGUUUCAUUUUGACCCGGAGUUCACAUCACGGACCCCUACAGAUUCCCCUGGUGUUCCUCCCAGUGCCAAUGCUCAUCAUCUUUUUAGAGGAUUCAGCUUCAUUGCAUCCAGCUUGGUGCAGGAGCCUUCUCAGCCAGAUUUGCACAAAAUCACAGUUCAUCCAAUUGUGCAGCAGUUACAUGGGAACAAUAUUCAUUUUACAGAUGGAUAUGAGAUCAAGGAGGACAUAGGUGUUGGCUCCUUUUCAGUAUGCAAGAGGUGUGUGCAUAAAGUAACAGAAGCAGAGUUUGCAGUGAAGAUAAUUGAUAAGAGCAAACGAGACCCCUCUGAAGAAAUUGAGAUUCUCUUGAGAUAUGGGCAGCAUCCAAACAUCAUUACUCUGAAAGAUGUGUAUGAUGAUGGGAAGUAUGUGUACCUGGUGAUGGAGCUAAUGCGAGGAGGAGAGCUCUUAGACCGAAUCCUUCGACAGAAGUGUUUCUCAGAACGAGAGGCUAGUGCUGUCCUUUGCACCAUUACCAAGACGGUGGACUAUCUGCAUUCCCAAGGAGUUGUGCAUCGAGAUCUGAAGCCCAGUAACAUUCUCUACAUGGAUGAGUCAGGAAACCCAGAUUCCAUCAGGAUCUGUGACUUCGGAUUUGCCAAACAGCUGAGAGCAGAGAAUGGACUGCUCAUGACACCUUGCUACACAGCCAACUUCGUAGCCCCUGAGGUCCUGAAACGACAAGGUUAUGACGCAGCCUGUGACAUCUGGAGCUUAGGGAUCCUGUUGUACACCAUGUUGGCAGGAUUCACCCCUUUUGCAAAUGGACCAGAUGACACCCCAGAAGAGAUACUGGCCAGGAUUGGCAGUGGAAAGUAUGCACUUGCAGGAGGAAACUGGGAUUCAGUGUCCGAUGCUGCCAAGGAUAUUGUGUCCAAGAUGCUUCAUGUAGAUCCUCAUCAGCGCCUAACAGCAGUCCAAGUGCUAAGACACCCAUGGAUAGUGAACAGGGAAUAUUUAUCUCAAAAUCAACUCAGCAGACAGGAUGUUCACCUGGUGAAGGGUGCAAUGGCAGCCACGUACUUUGCUUUAAACAGAACACCUCAGGCACCAAGGCUGGAGCCUGUAUUGUCCUCCAAUCUGGCUCAGAGGAGGGGCAUGAAAAGACUUACCUCAACAAGGUUAUAGCAGAUCCCAAAAAUGCCUCAUUGAAACCCACAGUUUGUUAUUCAAGAGGUUCAUCUUUAUUACUCAGUUAACAGAACUUUGGACAACUUGCACAUGAAGUCACCAGAAUCAGCAGAAGUCCAGCAUAAGGCAAAGUUACCCUUUGCUGUUUUAUUUUUUACAUUCGGGCUAGGAUCCUGAAUCAGCAGCUUCUCCAAGAUGUGCCAAUUGCCCUAUUUCCUUAUUGACUUAAAGCCAAAUAAAAUAGAUUCCCUCCCAACCCCAAGUACUAUUUUUGAAUCCUUAAGAUGUUCUGAGAUCACUUUUUUAAAGCACUUUUCACAGUGAAAGCAAGCAGUUUGAUUUAAAAGUUUUCAACUGUGCCAGCAUCUGCAUCAUGGUGAAUUGGCUCAACCAGCCAGCAGUAUACAUCUACUGAUCAUCAGCUGCACUGAAGCCCAUCUCAAAGGAAUUGAAGGUUGAGGAGACAUGGUGCCAAAUACCAGACUUAGAAAAAAUUCUGUACAAAGUGAAGGAGAAAGAGCUGUCACUGAUGAACACAUCUCCUGAUUCUGAGAAAUCUUGUGAACUCUCCCGCUCUCAUCUGAUGUUGAAUAAAGUAUGGAACAGUGACAGACCCUUUAAGAGCAGAUGUCACAAGCCCUAAUAUAUUGAGGUUUGGCAGAGAACACUGGGAACUGCAGUCUCCAAAAGGGAUUGUUAGGUCUCAUGUGAAUGAGGAGGUCACAUGUCUGGCCAAGACUAUAUGAGUAGGAGCCUGUGGCUCAGAGAGGAGGUAUCAGGGCCGGCUCCAGGCACCAGCUUAGCAAGCAGAUGCUUGGGGCCGCCACUCCAGAGCAGGGCAGCACAUUCAGGUAUUCGGCGGCAAUUCGGCAGAGGGUCCCUCACUCCCACUCGGAGCGAAGGACCUUCCACUGAAUUACCGCAGAUCGCGAUCGCGGCUUUUUUUUUUUUUUUGGCUGCUUGGGGCAGCAAAACUCCUGGAGCCGACCCUGGGAGGUGUGCCCUAUGUUUGGCCUCUCCAUAGUAGCAGGCUUGAGAAAACAAGCUGAAGAUGGCUGGUGGAAUAGAGCCAGGAAAAGACCUGGGACAGACCUACAGACAGCACACAGAAAGACCCCAAGGAGGGUUAUUGCCAGAAGGAAGUUGCUUGGACAAGAUAGUGCAAGAGGGGUGUUAAAAUCAGUUGAAACUCACAGUUAGGGUGGCAGGAAGUCCCCCUUUUUAUAACUGUGCCAACUAGACUAGUGGAUUGUUGAGCCCAGGAGAGGCUAAAUGGACUGUCAUUCUCGUUCCCCCAGGUCUUUUCCUGGGUCUAUUCCACCAGCCUUCCUCAGUUUGUUUGCACAGGUCUGCUACUCUGGAGAGAUCAAACCUAACGUAUAUCUCCAUCCACUGCCCUCCUUCUAUAGUCUGGGCUUGUCACCUGACACACACUCCCAUAGACAUAUGACACUCAACAGUUCCUCCCUGGGAAACGUACUCUCCAGGUUCCCUGCUUUUAAAGGGCCAAACCUUUAAUUAUGCUUGGGCACACGGCACUCUCCCAUAAAGGAGCCACCUGAGCCUUACAAGGUAUUUAAAUAUUAUUGUUAUUAUUAUUAAUAAUAAUAAAGAAUACUGUGCUAUUGAGACAAAAUCAACCAUACUCUGCAAUCUGAGUUUUCCAGGUGUGGGGAAAGAAAACUUCACCAGAAAAGUCGUAGUAAAACAAAUCUUCUUUUGCAUUUCCUGAUUUCAAAAGAAAAUGGGCAAGAUUUGUAAUGCUGGACUUAAGACUUUUUUUUAUUCCCUUUCUUAUCCAUGUUGGCUCUUGAUGGUCACAAGUUGGCCAGGGUUGUUAUUUAUAGUGCUUUUGUUAAUUUGUUUUUCAAGUGAAUUUCAUCACCUCACAUGCUUUAUGGAAGCAAACAAUAUACUAUGUUGGCUUUUAUUUUCUGUUGCAAAAGGUAAAAAGAAAAAAAAUGUGAACAUGGAGCUUUGUAUCCUAGAAGUGGUGUUUAUUUUGCUGUGCAUCUUGAUACUCAACUGGAAUCAGCAGAUUCAGACUCUUUGCAGCAGUAUGUCCAGGGGAACAAGGAGUUGCAUUAACUACAGUAAUGUGCUUUCUAGGAUUACAUUUUCCAGUGUUGCUCUGAAUUUUGUUUGUUUGUAUUAGUCUAUUUUAAAAUUCAUAAUUAAUCUUAAUAAUUUAAACCAAUAUUUAAUGUUCUGUUUUAUGUGCUGUGCACACGGGAUUGCAUCAAAGCAGCUCUCCUUUAAACUGUGUUUUUGGGUUUUUUUUAGAAUAAAACAAUGCUGUGAAUCAUCACAAGGUGAAUGAAUUGGCUCAAAUUUGUGUCCUUGUUCAUGUGUAUGUUUAUAUAAUAUAACACAUAUGGCCCUGAUUCUCUGGUCUGGCCAAGCUCGGCUUGGGACAGGACUGGGCAUAUAGGUUUUAUGUCACCUUUAUGGUCCCCUUAUUAGAAGUCAGAGCAGCCCCAAACACCCAGCUCUUAACAGCCUCAAGGGGCUAGUCCAUCAGCUGGGGAUCACUGGAAAUGCCUCCUAGAAUAGGCACAUGGGGGAGGGGGGCACAGAGUCACUACAGCAGCUGUACGCCACCCAGGGAUUCUGUGUACAGAUGGGAAAUAUGAGGGGACAGAUCUACUGGGUGUCCACCUGCUUGAGCAGACUCAAGAAGGGGACCUCAAGCAUGUAAAUGUAUUGUGUAUGAUAAGACCGAGAACAUACUGUGUACAGUUUGUCUCCUCUAAGACUUCCUGUUGAUCAUGCGGUGCUGUAACUGUCCUCUCUAUUCAGACUACAUUGAAACAGCAAAGUUAUUAAAAUCCCA